AUGAUGAAGCUAUCGAAUGGAACAAUCGUGCACUUCCGUCAACCGGGGUUGAAGGAGGGAAGAACGAAGGACAUCAUUCGUUAUUACAAGAUCGUUGGAGAGCUCGGGCAAGGAAGGCGCACGGUCUACAAAGCGACACCGGUUCGGAAAGCGGUCCCGUCAGCGGAGAAGGCAGAGAAGCGGAAGAGGACAACCACGGACAACUCUGUGGUGGCUGUUGAGGCGGGACCAUCUGGAUCGGCGGCGAAGGCGGGCGAUGAUGAACAUCCUAUCGAACUCGGAUCGAGUGUCGUCCAGGUGGAACCGAGUGUCGUCCCGGUCAAUUCCACGGCCAAACUCCCAAUCAGUAUCGUCGAAGUCGCAUCUAGCAACAUCGUGCUACCCGCUCCGGCUCCGGUUAUCGAGGUCGGGACUAGUAGAGGAGCCAAAGGUCGUUUCGUCAGCAAGAAGAAGAAGAGGAAGACGGCAAAUGCUGGCGUCUUCGGAGCUCCCGCCGAUUCGGCUACGAUCUCAUCAUCCACUAUCACCGCAACCACCUCCAUCCAACCUCCCCACCCUACCGUCGUCGUACCCCAUCCGAUUCCCGAGAAGUUUGAGAAUGUACCCGAUGAGCCGGACGUCGCGAUCAAGUUCGACUACAUGACGGCUCGAGAACACAGGAAGUUCGUAGGGGUGCCGGCAGUGGACAGGUUGGGAAAGUUAGGGGAAGAGUUUUAUUCGGGAAUACAGUUAUCGGUCACCGGGGCUGUAGUGGAACCGAUGAUGUGUGGCUGGCUGGAGAUCUUACAGCCAGCAGAAUCAAUCUGGAUGGUCGGUCUCUUUCUGGGUCUGAUGAUGCCAAUCUACGAAGAUGGACAACCAUCCUUGCAACAAGAUCCCAUCAUGAGCCUCGAAGCGGCAGCGGGUUCAAGAACUGUAAGGCCCAUCGGCGACGACAGCAAAGGCCGGUGCCCGAUCGACGACAGCGAACUCCGGUGCCCGGUACAUCUCCCUUGGGGCGACUGCAUGAUCAUCAAGGACAAUAUUGGCCGUAUGGUUAUCAAAGUACCCGGAAAAUAUGACGGCAUCAAGCACACUUUCCAUAUCGUUCCCGGUAAUCACGCGAUCGGCUAUCCUAGAAUGAAACACGUGUUCUACUGUGCGGGCUGUCCGGAAGAGAUGUCGAGUUGGGGUGCCAUUUGGAACCACUCGAACCACUGUGAGGGUCUGCCUACUGGCACGAGUUGUGAGAAAUUGGAAGGCGAAGACCUGGAAGACGAAGACCCAAUCGGUACGAAACACCGUCCCAUCAGGGAAGAAGCGGAAAAGGACAACCCGGACGACGUGGUUGUUGUGAAUCCAGGAAUGGGUGGAGCUGGACAUCAUCUUAUCGGGAUCGAGUUGCAUCGAGCUAGAACCUAA